UCUGGAGUCCUGUGAAGAAAGUGCUGGCUACCUCAUUGGUUACGCCGAGAGCUGGAGGUGGGUGGGCAGACGGGCCGAUCCGUCUCGCAGAGGCUAGGGGCCGAUUUCCACUGCAGCACCACGGCCCCCUCCUCCGGCCUCCAGCCCGGCAGGGCUGUCCGGGGGGCUCCUUCAGACUCCUUGACGCUGCUCCAAGGGGCACCUACCCUGGCAUCGCCUGGGCCUCCAGCCAGGGGACUGGCUCCCGGCUUCAGCACUUUGGACUGCACUAAGAAGUGCUCUCAUUGCCUCUCUCCCUGCCCGCCUCCCUGAGCCACCGAAUCCCCGGUCCAGAGCGACAGCCUUGGACCUGGGACUAGACGCGUCCAAAACGUGCAGCCCCGGCGCCCCACAGACGGAGCUCUGCGUCGUCUCUGACAUGUCACCCACCGUUUCCCAUAAGGACAACAGUCGCCAACGGCGGCCGGGGACUUUCAACCACUCUCUGGAUAUGAAAAGCGGUCCUCUACCGCCAGGCAGUUGGGAUGACAGUCGUGCGGACUCGGUGGGCGGGGAAGGGGACAGAGAAGCUCUUCUGAGGGACACCGGCGUUGAUGACUUCAUAAAAACCCCACGGGGCUGCCGAGCCGAACUAAGCAGCAUUCUGCUACUGCUCUUUCUUUACGUGCUUCAGGGCAUUCCUUUGGGUUUAGCGGGAAGCAUUCCACUCAUUUUGCAGAGCAAAAAUGUUAGCUAUACAGACCAAGCUUUCUUCAGUUUUGUCUUUUGGCCUUUCAGUCUCAAGUUGCUCUGGGCCCCAUUGGUUGAUGCGGUUUACUUCAAGAACUUUGGUCGUCGCAAAUCUUGGCUUGUCCCUACACAGUAUAUACUAGGAUUCUUCAUGAUCUAUUUAUCCACUCAGGUGGACCGUUUGCUCGGGAAUACCGAUGGCAGAACACCUGAUGUGGUUGCUCUCACUGUGACAUUCUUUUUAUUUGAGUUCCUGGCUGCCACUCAGGACAUCGCUGUGGAUGGUUGGGCGUUAACUAUGUUAUCCCGGGAAAACGUGGGUUAUGCUUCUACUUGCAAUUCGGUGGGCCAGACGGCGGGCUACUUUUUGGGCAACGUUUUGUUUUUGGCCCUUGAAUCUGCUGACUUUUGUAACAAAUAUUUGCGGUUUCAGCCUCAACCCAGAGGAAUCGUUACUCUUUCAGAUUUCCUUUUUUUCUGGGGAACUAUAUUUUUAGUAACAACAACAUUAGUUGCUCUUCUGAAAAAAGAAAACAAAGAAAUAUCAGUAGUAAAAGAAGAAACACAAGGGAUCACAGAUACUUACAAGCUGCUUUUUGAAAUUGUGAAAAUGCCAGCAGUUCUGACAUUUUGCCUUCUGAUUCUAACUGCAAAGAUUGGUUUUUCAGCAGCAGAUGCAGUAACAGGACUGAAACUGGUAGAAGAGGGAGUACCCAAAGAACAUUUAGCCUUAUUGGCAGUUCCAAUGGUUCCUCUGCAGAUAAUAUUGCCUCUGAUUAUCAGCAAAUACACUGCAGGUCCCCAGCCACUAAAUAUAUUUUACAAAGCCAUGCCCUACAGGUUAUUGCUUGGAUUAGAAUAUGCCCUGCUGGUUUGGUGGACUUCUAAUGUGGAACAUCAAGGGGGAUUCCCUAUAUAUUACUAUAUAGUAGUGCUGCUGAGUUAUGCAUUGCACCAGGUGACAUUGUACAGCAUGUACGUUUCUAUAAUGGCUUUCAAUGCAAAAGUUAGUGAUCCACUUAUUGGAGGAACAUACAUGACCCUUUUAAAUACUGUGUCCAAUCUGGGGGGAAACUGGCCUUCGACAGUAGCUCUUUGGCUGGUGGAUCCCCUUACAGUGAAAGAGUGUGCAGGAGCAUCAAAUCAGAAUUGCCGAACACCUGAUGCUGUUGAGCUUUGCAAAAAACUUGGUGGCUCAUGUGUUACAACACUGGAUGGUUAUUAUGUGGAGUCCAUUAUUUGUGUUUUGAUUGGAUUUAGUUGGUGGUUCUUUUUUGGUCCAAAAUUUAAAAAGUUACAGGAUGAAGGACCAUCUUCAUGGAAGUGCAAAAGGAGCAAUUAAUGUAUACACUACUGGACACUCUAGAAAGGUAAUUUUAGUUUAGUUUUAAUUCAGAGAGCUAUGAUAAUCAAUGCACAGGACUAUGAAAUACUAUUUUAAGCAAGGAAAUUAUUAAUACAAAAUGCCAAAUGAUUGAAAGAAAAAGACCUCUUUGUAUAUUUGAUCAUAUUUUCCUUGCUUUGUUGAUGUAUUUGAAGUUUACUUAAGGUCGGGAAAUUGGUUCUAAAAAAACUUUUUUUGGCCUUGUUAUUUGAUUUGUAUCUUUUUAAUUAACUGACCAAAGCAAAUUUUAAGCUGCAAUUCAGUAGUCGUGGGUGGUGACCAUGCAGCCAAGUAUUGUUACUGAUACCUAUCAUUGAACUCUAUUUAAAAUUUGGUACUAUAGAGUAAAUGGAAAUGAGCUUGAUAUUCAACUGCUGUCUACAACUAGUCUGACUUUGUUGGCAGUUAAAGUCUUAUUUUGAAUUGUAAAUUGCUUAAAUUUUACCUGUUAUUUGCUGAGAAGAGGAUGCGGACUACUGAAAUGUCAUUUUAGUUGUUAUUUUUCUGACCAUAACCACAUUGUACAAAUCAAUCUGUGUUUAAAAGACUAUUUUAAAUGUAUUUCCUGCUUUUAUAAACAUUAAAGAUUUGUAAGAAGAUUAUUCAAACUAUUUUUUAUAAAAUAAAAGCUAUGACUUUUAAUUUGUUGAUUCCUCUUGCCCUUCCCCCCUCAUUUAGAAAGAUAUUUUGAUUCCUUGUUAACAUUUAACCUAAAGCUUCCAAAUGUUUUUUGUCACAAGCAUUUUGUGGCACACAGACAGCUAAUGAGGGGAUCAAAGUGUUGUAUGUAUGUUCACAGAAAAGUUCUGGAAAUAAAAAUUGAAUUUUAUUCUUCAAGUAGUUUUU